GCGGGUUAACUGGUGGUACAGGAAGUUCCUUGAAAUGCUCAUCAAGAGUUUGCCUCUCGGGUAAACAUCUCUCGUGUCUGGGACUCUUGAUGGCUGCAGAUUAGGACGCCACAGGAACUUCCUGAAACUGGUGCCGCCCUUUCAAUUAUAAGUAACGGCAAACUUCAACCCCAAACCACUCAGACCAACAGAGUGAGAGGAUCAUAAACUGGUGUGGACACACUCAGUUUAAAUUUUUCUUCGGAAGUACCUGAGAGGGGAUAGGGCAUUUUUUAAGGCUUUAGGAGAACAGCUCCUGUGCACGUCUCUGCAUCAGAUCAUUGGACCCUGGACCAGCCUCUGACAUGUAGAUUGAUCUGUCAUGAGUUGGAGAUCAUAAGACACAUUUCUAACCAAAGACAGCUCUUGCUCUGAGACGGACAGGUGGAUAAACCUCCCAACGUUCAAUCAUGGGUGAAUGGGGCUUCCUCGGGGGGCUCUUUGACAGCCUGCAGGCCCACUCCCCCAUGCUUGGCCGUUUCUGGCUCUUGAUCAUGCUUGUUUUUCGGAUUUUAAUCCUGGGAACUGUAGCCAGCGACCUGUUUGAGGACGAGCAAGAAGAGUUUGCCUGCAACACCCUCCAGCCGGGCUGCAAACAGGUGUGCUAUGACAUGGCUUUCCCCAUCUCCCAGUAUAGGUUUUGGGUGUUUCACAUCGUCCUGAUCGCCACGCCGUCUCUAUUGUUCCUCAUGUACGCCAUGCAUCACGACAACAAGAGGAAAAACACGUCUAAAGUCCAUCAGAGUGACAGCAGCGACUCCAGAGAAGACCUUCAUUUCAGGAGGUUUUACGUCGUCAAUGUGGCCUUCAGAAUACUGGCCGAAGUUGGGUUUCUAGUUGGGCAGUGGUAUCUGUACGGCUUCAAGGUGGAGGCCCAGUUCCCCUGCAACCGCUUCCCCUGCCCCUACACGGUGGACUGCUUCACCUCCCGCCCCGCAGAGAAAACUGUCUUCCUCUGCUUCUACUUCGUUGUUGGGGUGAUAGCAGCGAUUUCCAGCUGUGCAGAGCUCCUCUAUGGCUCCAUGAAGUGGUUCUGCUCAAACCAUCCAGCCCAUGACCGGGAGCGCUACUAUGUUUGUGAGCACCAACAAAACUCAAAGCUUUGUGAAGCGGGGGCAGACGAGAAACCACAAGGGAAGGCAAUGUCUGCGCGUUUGCCCAACAGUGUGAAGCUGAAGGCGGGGUCGCUGAGGAGCAGCACCAGCAGGAAAGUCUCCAGCAUCGGACACAAGCCCAAAGGCAAAUAUGUGAGCACCAAGACCCUCAUGGUGUGAGCGCCAAGACCCUCAUGGUGUGAGCGAGUCUUGAUUCAAACUUAGUGUAAUUAAUUACUUUUAACCAAGUCCUCGUUUGUUGUUGUCAUUUAUUUGAAUGAAAGACAUUAUUUAAAGGGGAAGUGGGAUCAGGAAAUAGGCAAAGACAAGAAUAAAGGCUUUGAUACUGCGGA